UGCACCUUGAGUGUCCCGGUUGGACGCGCCGCUAUGCGAUGGACACGAGCAGCGUGGUCGCUUCUGAAGGAGACCUCGUCGUUACGUGUGCGCGCGUUGUGGAGUAAAGAUUGGAGAAAAAAAAGCCCCCCAAAAUUUUCUCACUUGGAGGUAUUGACCUGAAGUCCCAGAAGAAGAAGUCAGUCAAUGAGAUUUCUUCCACCACACAGUAACAAAAUAGAGCUCCUUGUUGCAGCCUUGAGGGGCCACCAGCAUGAGUCAGGAGUUGCUGGAGUCUGACAGGGACUCUGCUCAGGAUGCAUCAGACUUUAACUGGGAUGACUACCUGGAGGAGACUGGAGCCGUGUCCGUACCGCAUCACGCCUUCAAACAUGUGGACCAGGGCCUGCAGACCGGUCUGACCCCGGGCAUGAAGCUGGAGGUGUGUGUGCGUGCCGAGGCCGACAGUCCUUACUGGGUGGCCAACAUCAUCACCACGUGUGGCCAGCUGCUGCUGCUGCGCUACGAGGGCUACCAGGAAGACCGGCGCGCCGACUUCUGGUGCGACCUGAUGACGGCGGACCUCCACCCGCUGGGCUGGAGCCGCCAGCACGGGAAGACCAUCAGGCCUCCGGAGGGUGUGCGCGAGAAGCACCAGGACUGGGAGGCUCUGCUGGAAAGGGCACUGGCCGAGGAGUGCAGCGCUCCUGCCAACCUGCUGGAACUGUCCCAGCGCGGGAGGGACCCAGUGGAGCUCCUGUGUGCCGGCUGCUACGUGGAGCUCCAGGACAGCGUGGAUCCGGGGCUCGCCUGGGCUGCCGAGGUGGAGGAGAAUGUGGGAGGGAGGCUGAAGCUGCGGCUUUUAGGCACCGAGGGCCUCCCAGACACGCCCGCAACCCUCUGGCUCUUUUACCUCCACCCACGCCUCCACCCACCCGGCUGGGCCAAAGAGCACGGCUGCACCCUCAGGCCUCCCUCAGACCUGCUGGCCCUGCGGACAGAGGCAGAGUGGGAAGAGGUGAGACUGCGGAUCAGUGAGCUGCCUCAGGACGACGCUCUGACCGCAGAGUUCAGUAAGGAUCAGCCUGCCAUCGCUGCCCAUUGUUUCAAAGAAGGAAUGAAACUGGAGGCUGUUGACCCUGCGGCUCCUAUUUCCAUCAGGCCGGCCACGGUCGCCAAGGUGUUCAAUGAGCAGUACUUCCUUGUGAAGAUGGACGACCUUUGUGGUAUUGACGAGUCGGAUUGCUCUGCAAGGUCCUUUCUGUGUCACAGAGACAGUCCAGGGAUCUUCCCCACUCAGUGGAGCCUCAAAAACGGACUGACGCUCAGCCCUCCACCAGGAUACCAGGGUGCAGACUUUGACUGGGCAGAUUACCUGAAAAAGUGCGAAGCAGAGGCAGCUCCUCAACAUUGCUUCCCAACUGCGCAGUGUGAGCACAGCUUCAAAGAAGCCAUGAAACUGGAGGCGAUCAACCUGCUGUCACCCGAGAACAUUCACGUGGCCACUGUCACCAGGGUCAAAGGCCAGUACGUUUGGAUAAGCCUGGAAGGACUGAAGCAGCCCAUGCCAGAGCUGAUCGUUCACGUGGACUCCCUCGACAUCUUCCCCGUCAGCUGGUGCGAGACGAACGGCUAUCCACUCAUCUACCCGAUUAAACCGCCAGUUGAGAAAGAGAGGAAGAUCGCUGUGGUGCAGCCUGAGAAACACCGAAUUCCCCCAAAGUCCUCGUCGCCUGACACUGUCAAGCAGCAGAUGGCCCACCACUCUGAGACAGGGCAGGGCAACCGGAAAUACUGCUGUCCCAAGAUCUACUUCAACCACCGCUGUUUCUCCGGGCCUUACCUUAACAAGGGACGCAUCGCAGAGCUUCCUCAGUUCAUUGGUCCGGGAAACUGUGUCCUCGUGCUGAAAGAGGUUUUGGGUCUGCUGAUAAACUCUGCGUACAAGCCCAGCCGUGUGCUGAGGGAGCUGCAGCUGGACCAGGAGAGCCGCUGGCAGGGCCAUGGAGAAACGCUCAAAGCCAAGUACAAGGGAAAGAGUUACCGGGCGACUGUGGAAAUAGUCCGCACUGUAGACCGCGUAGCGGACUUCUGCAGGAAGACCUGCAUCAAGCUGGAGUGCUGCCCCAACCUGUUUGGACCUCGCAUGGUUCUGGAACACUGCUCAGAGAACUGCUCCGUCCUCACCAAGACCAAAUACACAUAUUACUCUGGGAAGAAGAAGACCAAGCGUGUUGGACGUCCACCCGGGGGCCACACCAAUCUGGAGGGGGGGGUGAAGCGACGAGGCAGGAGGAGGAAGAGGAGGAAGCAGCUCUUUGUGCACAAGAAGAGACGAUCCUCAGCCUCAGUGGACAACACGCCUGCUGGGUCUCCACAGGGCAGUGGAGAGGAAGAAGAUCUGGAUGAAGAUGACUCCCUGAGUGACUCCGGCUCUGAGCUGCAGGACGAUCUCCAGGAGGAUUCUGAACCAUCGUUUGGGAAGUCUCAGCCCGCCACGCCGUCCCCCUCCCCGCCGGCCACGCCCAGGCCAACACGCCGAAGACGGAAACCCCGCUCGCCCUCGUUCUCCGACGACGAGAACCGACCUCCUUCACCAAAGACCUCAAAGAUUGAGCCGCCGCAGAAGUUGUGUUUGGAAACCAGCCCCCUGGAGUGGAGCGUCACUGAUGUGGUUCGCUUCAUCAGGACCACUGACUGUGCACCACUUGCGCGGAUAUUCUUGGAUCAGGAGAUUGACGGACAGGCACUGCUGCUGCUGAACCUCCCGACAGUACAGGAGUGCAUGGACCUGAAGCUCGGACCGGCCAUCAAGCUGUGCCACCACAUUGAGAGGGUCAAGCUGGCUUUUUAUCAGCAGUUUGCAACGUAGCUGGCGUGGAAUGAACGCGGACGUGACUACACACUGUUCUCUUUAUUCAUUCUGUGAAAAACACUGUAGUAAUUCUUACUUUUCCAACACUGGACAUCCUUAAGAAACCUGAGUGUACAACAUUGUGUUGUGAAAGCAUGGGCAGAAGGUGGAAAAAGUGACUCCUAGUGAUCACUGAAAAAAAGAACAAAGAAGAGCUACAAAAGAUCAAGUCUCUCAAUGAGAAAGACACUCGGUUUGGCCUGAAAGACAGAAGAACCGGAGACAUUUUGAUAUCAUAAAUAAGUGUAAAAGCCUUUUACCAACUCCAGCACAUUUUACAAAAAAAGAAAAGCACAAAAAAGCAAGCCAUCAUUAAGGACGGUUCAACGUCUUCGGUUAUUUCCCAAUGACGGCUUCUUAAUGUAUUUUGUCUUCAGAGUGUCUUGGAUUCUCCUCUUUUUAUUUCCUUUUUGUUUAUGUGGACAAAUGAGUGCCAACGCUACAACAUUCUUUCCAUUGUGGCCCUUCGCGGUUGCCUUUUCUCCUUUAAAGGGAAUAUCACAGCUUUUACUUGUUAUACUAGUAAGCCUAAUAUAUUUGGUGUCUAUUCAAUUGCUAAUGUCUGCUGGAGUCAGAAAUGAGGUGGUCCGCCUUGUGAUCUGGUGUAUUUUACACUGAAGUCUAAUUUCAGUUGCUUAACAUGUCUGGUGCGGAUGAGACCGUUUGCACAGUUACAUUGAAACACUUGUUUUUCACGGAAUCAAUUUAACUGAAAAAACUCCUAGGUGAAUCCUAGAGCUUUAUGUCUUACGCUUUCUAGUUUUGAAAAGAGACUUGCUUGUAUCACUAUUGCUAUUCCAUUGAUUGUUUGUCCAUUAAUUAAGCAAUCAAAACUGUUUGCACAUUGAAAGUUCUAGAAUUGCAUCGAAUAGUUUUCUUUGAAAGCCAGAGGAAAUAUUCCACUAGAUAUGUACAUAGCAGUUUUGGAAUAAGUCAUAGUGUCCCAGUGCAAGGUUAGGAAGGUUAUUUUAGUUUGAACAUCAGGCACAUAAACUGUAAGAACGCCCUUUGAUAAAAAGGGGGGCCUUCCUUGCGAGAGAUCAAGUUGCUUUAUUGUUCAAGCUUCUACAGUAUGUAAGAGCAGUUUACAUAGUAAGGACUCAGAUACAAGCACAAACAAAACCAUGUACUGUAUGGUGGUAUGCAAAUAUGUGCAUGUUUAUAUAUAGUGUAAAUAGAAUAUCCUUUAGAGCAACAGGGUAAUUAAAAAGAAAAACUUGAGCAAUUAACUGCAUAAGCAAUGUGCAAAUCCCUUAAAAUAGGCUACAAUAUAUUUGCACAGAAUUGACAGAACUUUCUCAAAUGUGGUGUAUUAGAAAAACUAAUCUGGCAGCAGUUGAUUUGAGCCAUUUAAUUAACAAUUACCUUAAUUAUAAAUGUGCAGUUUUAAGCAAGACUAUGUUUUAACUGCUUCUGUAAAUCAGUUAUUUCAUCAGUUCUUGUAAUGUGAUUUACUGUAAUGUGUUUCAUUUUUCGUGAGGGCAACAAAACUUUUUUUUUACUUGGAGCAGCUUUUUAGUUCAUAUUUGAAAAAUGAUCGCGGUGAUUUAAAAAGACUGCCAUUAAAACUGUGAACAAUGAAUUGUA